GUUCGACAAGGAGCCGGCCUCCUCCCUGCUGGGGGAGAUCGCACCGCUCACGGCCCUGACUUUGGAGGCGCUGGAUGCACUUCCGCCACCGGCUCUUCAGGGCUGUACGCGCGAGGCAGCCGUGUCGAAGGUGUUCUUCGGCUCAGAGGUGCCCAUAGAGGAACUGCGCCAAGCAGUUGCCAAGAGCUGGCUUGAGGAUUUCUCCUUGGAUCAUCUUGCAUACCUGGCAGGGGGCGAGGAGGAGAAACAGCGCAUCAUCGAGGCUGCGCCACAGUUGCAGGACAAAGAUUUCCUGGUGCCCCGGCGAGAUCGGCCCAAGGCCUGGAUGGUCGGGGCUGCUCUUUCAUCCGAGGAUGGCUCGGUGCUGCCCUUCGCUGUGACCCCGAGCCGCGUCAGCGCCCCCGCAGACGAGGAUAGCUCUCCAAGGCCCUCUGAGGCCGUGGUGUAUCCGUUCUACAGGGACCUGGAACGGAACAGCUUGUUUUCCCGAGGCGAGGUAGAGACGUUUGCCUUCGGCGGCCGUGAGGCGCUGAGCAUCGACAGCCCCCCAUUUCAGCCCGGGAGCCCCGUCAUCCGCCUCGCGGCGCCGACAGAGCCCUUCUCACUUUCCGACGCCCUGACGAUGAGUGGACUGUCUGCUGCAGCGCAGCUUUUCCCGGGCUUGCCAAAGCCCGCACGCUGGCCGGUGAAGGACGUCACUGGCUUGUCGUCUGGUGAGGACGUUUCCUUCGUCAGUGGCGACGUUGCCGACAGCUCUGGGUUGCUGACGCUGCUCCAGCGUGGCAUUCGGCGGAUAGUUUGGCUAGAGCUUGGUCCGGGUGACGGCAGCCCCAACGCAAGGAUUCAGCCGUUCUCCAAAGACGUGCUGAGAAAGUUCGGCUGCACAGGCUAUGGGGAGACGAGCUGCCAUGGCCAGCAGGCAAAAAAAACACCGCUGGCAGUGUGCCGGCGCCGAAACACAAAAAGGCAGAUUAAAGAGCCGCAAAGGAAGACGCAGGUUUUCCAAGACUCCCAGCUGCCAUCUCUGAUCCUGCAUCUCCAACAGAUGCUGAAACAAGGAAGUCCAGGCAUCUUGCGGCGCUCCUUGCAAGUGCUGCCAAACAAGAGGUGGUGCAUCAAAGGGGGCUUCACGUUGGAGCUCUUACUCAUCCACAUCGACAAAGUCGAAAGCUUCGAGCGGGAACUUCCUGAGGAAACCCGUGCGGAGCUGGAGAAAGGCGAUGAAGGCAGCUUGCAAGGCUUUCCGUUUUUUCAUCCAUGGGCCUUAGCCGGCCACCUGGCCAAGCUCUCCCAUCGCCAAGCGAAUCUUCUUGCAGCUUUGGCCGAGCAUAUCGUUGGGCAAGCGUUGCCCAGCAUCCGCAGUCUGAUACGGCCUCCAGUGCCGCCGUUGCAGAUGUCCUUUGCGCAGAAGUUGCUUGAGCAGCCCACCACGGAGAGCACUGUACACAAAGUCUAA